AUGAGAGGACAGGUGUUGUACCUGAGGGAACCACUCAAGGCUAGAACUGGCCGAGAGCUGGUGGGGUGGGGUACCAGUGCGACGGCGAGCCCUGGGCGGUGGCAACCUUCCAGCAGCCCAGCUGACCCUCUGUGCCUAACCCAGGCCCCCAAGGGCCACAUUAGCGGCCUGCCCACGACCUCCGGCGGCAAGUGCUUCCAGCUCUGGGCCCUCGGACUCUUCUGCACCGAGCGCCACCUGGCCAAGCGCCUGAAGAACAACAGCUUCUACCCGUUCACACAACAGCAGCCCAAUGUCUUCGUGCUCGAGUACUACCUGGACACACUGUGGAAGGGGGCGCUGCUCUUCGUCGUCUGCCUCUUCCUCGUCAGCUUCGGCCUUGUGAGCCAGGUGCUGAAGCAGGAGACGUGGGGCUUCCCGGCGUGCGGCGUGGGCGUUGGCCUGUGGCUCAUGAUUUCGUCUUUGCCGCGGCGCCGCCUGGUGCUGAACCACACGCGUGGCACAUACCACUUCUCCAUCCAGGGCCGCACCGUGUGUCAGGGCCCUAUGCACCUGGUCUACGUGCGCCUGGCGCUUAGUUCUGACGGAAAGAUCGAGGAGCUGCUGGAACUGCUUUAG